CAGAACCUUAGCUGAACACAGAAGCCACCCUCAAUGCCGGAAAGAAAUCAAAGGCAACAAUGAAGUCGCUGCGGUUCAUCAGUGCUCAGGCAUUGGUAUCGAAUGCACAGCUUGCCAGGAAAAGUCUCAGCAGUGUUGCACAUAACCUUUUUCCUCUUCUUUUUAAAGCCAGUUAUUUACUGGAGCAGGGGGAAGUGAUUCAUGACCUGGUGGAAAACUGGCCCCUGGCAGACUUUAAUAUAGGAAAACUGUUAGGGACAACAGUGGAUUACCAGGAAGACAUCAGCAGCAGAUCGUGCUGUGUUUGUUUGGAAAGUUGUCUAGCUGGGCUGAGAGAUUAUGUGCUGAAUUGCUCUUUGCCAUACUCGAAGAGACUGAAAGUGGUGGACCUGACAGGCAUAAAAGAUGUUGAAGUUCAGCUCUGCAAGUGUAAGAAGACUCUGGGAAGGUGGGCCAGGACAGAGCUACUAUCAAAGCUCUGUUUUGAGCUGCUUGUUGAAAUGCAAAGGCUGCAGUUCAAUCCAUGUAUCUUUGAUAUUGCUAUUGACAUUCUCAUUGACCUGUUUGUUACAGAGCGGAACUAUGAACUUGUAGUCCAAGCCUUACUGAUGAGGUGCCACUGCCCACUAAAGAUUCGUUGUGUGGCAUUCAGAGCUGACAGUCUCACUUUACAAAAGCUUUUCUACAUCAUAAAGCUCACAGAUCCCUCUUCUCUGCGCAAACUUGAAGUGGUUCACAAUAUUCGUUUGGAAAUGGAGCACUUGGAAGUGCUAUUUAAUAACAUCCACUUUCCUCUACUGACAUCGCUUACCCUGCCAGCCAGAGCAUUCAAUGUGCAGCAGUUUGCAGCCGAGGAUGAACCAAUCCUUUUGACUAUUGGAGAAAAGAUGAGCCAAAUGACGCAGCUGACUGAGCUGAGCCUGGCGUUUUCUACCCUCACAGGAAAAAUACGGAAACUGCUCAGCCCACUGAAAACCCCUCUGAAACUACUGGAUGUUUCUAACUGCGCCUUGAACCAUGCUGACAUGGCCUAUUUAGCCAAUAGCCUCCAUUCUAACCACCUGGAAGUACUGGACCUUAGUGGGCACAAUGUGGCUGACCUUUACCCAUCAACCUUCUUUAAACUUCUCAGCCACUGCUCUCAUACUCUGAAGAGUCUCAUCCUCGAGGAAUGUAACAUUCAAGAUAUUCAUGUAAAUAUGUUGAUUUUGGGUUUGAUCCCCUGCCGGAAGCUACAAGAAUUCAAGUUCCUUGGAAAUCCCCUGUCAUCCCGAGCACUUAAAUGCCUCUUUAAUGUUUUUAGUGACUUGCCAAAGCUGAAAUACAUUGAGUUCCCAGUUCCUAGGGACUGCUAUCCUAACCAUGUCACCUACCCAAUUGAUGAUGCUGAGCUUUCAAAAUUUGAUCACCAAAAAUAUGAGAGUAUAUCAGAGGAACUUAACGAUAUUUUACUUCAUGCAAACCGGGAGGACAUAAAGGCUUCAACACCACUCUUCGGAGGCUACGAUGCAGCCAUUCAAGAGACUGGCAAUGAACUGGGAGCUUACUUACUAAAAUCUUUCAAAGAUACUUUAGAAAACUUUAACAAAGCUCUUCAAGAAAUGAAUUAAAAUGUAAUGGGGAUGACUACUCUGCCUAACAGAGAGUAAAUUCAAUAUACACUAGGAAAACACUGCACCUCCAUUUCUGCUUUCUCGACUGUAUUUUGUUUUAUUUUUGGUGCCACAGUAUAGCAUAUGCAUUUUUAAUCAUGCUAUGAAUUGGCAAGUAUUAAUGUAAAGGCCACUUUUUGAGAACCCCUUUAAUCACUGCAUACUCUACACAAAGCACAGCAUUGGUUCCAGUUACCGCAGUAAAACAAGAUAUGAUUGUUUUUCACCUGCAGUAUGACCUAGCCAUAUAUUUUAAUUCACCUAAUAACUUUG